AUGGCUUCACCCGAAUCUGGACCCCGCCGUAAUGGAACCCCCACCGCUAUCAUCAUCGAAGAUACGGAUGCAGAGAUGGCCGAACCUCAGUCCCCGCUGCGAAAGCUACGAAGAAAGAGACCCCUUGCGAACUAUAGCUUCCCGGCGUACGACGCUCUGUUUAAAGACCUGGCGCUUCCUGAUGGCUCUGCGUCCACAGCGUCGCAGCCACUGAAGAAACGCAAAAUGCCCAGCUUGGAAAUGGUUUUGGAAACAGCGAACCAGGGAAUUCACAGAGUAUUCGAAGCAGAGUCCGCGACAAUCAGGGAGCUGGAAGAAAAAGUGCGCUACCUGGAGGAGCAGAACACCGAGCUUGAAACCAAGCACCGUGCAGAGCUGAUCGUGAAACAUGAGCAGAUCCACAAGCUUGAGGCUGAAGUCAGGGAGCUGGAGCGUCGAUGUUUUGCCCAGGAUGCCUCUCUCCUGAACCAAGGACCUGUGGAUGGUGUCGUCAAGAAUUCACUGGUUAUAUAA